GCCCUAAAUUACCUGUUCCUCCAGUAGGCUACAUGUGUGUCUGUAUAGACUAAUCUAAUGCCCGUCAUUCAGUGUGGUACGAGAAUAGCCAGGCUACUUAAGACGCCGGGCUUCUGGAAAGGAAGUGACAGAUACUCGCUACACACAAUCGGGCAGAUUAGUCUUGAGGUCAGUAAUCUGGUUUCAGCACCAUGGAUAGUGACACUCGCGGCCAAACAGCGCGCGAUCAUUCAUUCGAGAUAUACAUUUGGAUUUGUUUGAGAAGUUAUUUUUUAAUUGCUAAACACUGCUAAAACAACGUAUUUUCUAAUCUCGAUUGUGUAAAAUGUAGGCAUGGGAAGUUUUUUUUACUUUUUUCUUGAAUUUCUACUCCUUGCUCACGUUGGGUUGAAUUGGGCUAAAAUAAUCACGAAAAGGAGGAACAGCAUAGGAGGUGGACCAGCAUAGGGGGUGGACCAGAGAGUUGAUAAAGGGAAGCAAGGUUUAAUGGUAUGUGAGUGAGAGGUUAAGGGCGGAGAGAGAAGGUGAUAGUGAAUAGGACUGCGCGCUCAAGCGGGAGUGCGCGCGGACAGCAAAUCGGUCGGUGACUGGAGUCGCAAGGAUGGAGAUACGACCAGAUAGGUUUAAAAUCGUCGCGGGCCAGACCCUCGGAAAAUUACACAAAAUCCUAGAGAAGCGACAGGAAAAUGGCGAGACCAUCGAGCUCACCGAUGAGGGCCAGGCAGUUAUCGUGGAGGAGAAAGAGAUGCCCGUGGUGGACUGCACCUGCUUCGGCCUGCCACGGCGCUAUAUCAUUGCCAUCCUUUCCGGCCUGGGCUUCUGCAUCUCCUUUGGCAUCCGAUGCAACUUGGGCGUGGCCAUCGUCAGCAUGGUCAACAACCAAACCAUCUACAAGGGCGACAAACCAAUCCUUGUGAAAGCUCAGUUCAACUGGGAACCAGAAACGGUUGGAAUGAUCCAUGGGUCAUUUUUCUGGGGAUACAUAGUAACCCAAAUACCCGGGGGAUUCAUCUGUCAAAAAUUUGCAGCCAACAGAGUCUUUGGCUUUGCCAUAGUGGCCACCUCAUGCCUGAAUAUGUUGAUCCCUUCGGCAGCACGAACUCACAUUGCCUGUGUUAUCCUUGUCAGGAUAUGUCAAGGACUCGUGGAGGGUGUUUCAUACCCAGCGUGCCACGGUAUCUGGGCAAAAUGGGCCCCACCUCUUGAAAGAAGUCGAUUGGCCACGACAGCCUUUUGUGGGUCCUAUGCAGGAGCCGUGAUAGCCAUGCCACUGGCUGGAGUACUAGUCCAGUAUUCAGGGUGGUCAUCUGUGUUCUAUGUCUAUGGCAGCUUUGGGAUCUUCUGGUAUCUCUUUUGGAUCCUGGUGUCGUACGAGAGCCCGGCAGCCCACCCCACCAUCACAGAACAAGAGCGGAAAUACAUUGAGGAGGCUAUUGGAAUGUCAGCCGCUAACUCUACACCUGUUACGAAAUGGAACACACCUUGGAGAGCCUUUUUCACAUCGAUGCCAGUCUACGCCAUCAUCGUGGCCAAUUUCUGUAGAAGCUGGACCUUCUACUUGCUCCUCAUCAGCCAACCUGCAUACUUUGAAGAAGUGUUUGGGUUUGAGAUCAGCAAGGUGGGCUUGGUGUCGGCUCUCCCCCAUCUGGUGAUGACCAUCAUCGUGCCGAUCGGUGGCCAGCUGGCUGACUACCUGCGCACAAACAAAAUCAUGAGCACCACCAACGUCCGGAAGAUGAUGAACUGCGGAGGUUUCGGAAUGGAAGCCACCCUGCUGCUAGUGGUCGGAUUUUCUCAUACGAAAGUUGUGGCUAUCACCUUUUUGGUUCUGGCUGUGGGCUUCAGUGGGUUCGCUAUUUCAGGCUUCAAUGUGAACCACCUGGACAUUGCUCCCCGCUAUGCCAGUAUCCUCAUGGGCAUCUCCAAUGGGGUGGGCACUCUGUCUGGCAUGGUGUGCCCGCUCAUUGUUGGUGCCAUGACCAAACAUAAGACGCGGGAAGAGUGGCAGUAUGUGUUUCUCAUUGCUGCACUCGUUCAUUACGGGGGUGUUAUAUUCUACGGACUUUUUGCCUCCGGAGAAAAGCAGUGGUGGGCAGAGCCCGAGCAACUUAGCGAUGAGAAGUGUGGAAUUCUGGAUGAGGAUGAGCUGGCCAAUGAGACAGAGGAGUUGUACCGUACUAGCGGAGAAGGAGGCUACGGUGCAACGAUCCAAGCUCAGGAUCCCAACGGAGGAGGAGGAGGCGCAGGAACCUGGGUCUCGGACUGGGAUAAGACUGAGGAGUUAGUACAACCACCAGGAACCAAUAGCUACCUAUAUGGAGGAGAGGAAGACAGGGAACUAACAUAGAGGGACUUACAGGUAGGAGUUACAGAGUGGGGUAGCAGACAGAAAGAGUAGAUGGUUUCCUUUUGGCACAGGAACUUGGAAAGAGGUGGGGUGGGUGGUUGGGAUGAGGGUGAGGAGCGGAAGAAGGGGAGGACCAAAGUAUUAUUUACGGAGAACUGAAACAGAUUGUACAACAGCGGAAAGAGGAUGAGCCAUGUACAAAGCGUCUGUACAGUGCUUUCGGAAAGUAUUCAGACCCCGUGACUUUUUAACAUUUUGUUACGUUACAGCCUUAUUUUAAAAUGGAAGAAAUCGUUUUCCCCCUCAUUAUUCUCCACACAAUAACCCAUGAUGACAAAGCAGAAACAGGUUUUUGGAAAUUUUUGAAAAUGUAUUUCAAAUAAAAAAACGUAUAUAAGUUUAUAUAAGUAUUCAGACCCUUUACUCAGUACUUUGUUGAAGCACUA